GUAAAGGAUGAAAAUUUAUAAAUUUAUUCUUAUGUGAUAAUAAUUCAGUCAUAAGUGUUAAUGGUGUGCUGUGUUCACUGUCUUACUGGAAAUAAUACAACUCAUAGCCCUAGGUCUGCAGAUCUUAUCUAUUUAGUGCAGGUACCUCUGAAAAGCUGAUUUUAAAAUGGUUUCUUACGAAGAAAAUGUGGAAGACAUUGAAGACCUAGGUCAAACUGCUGAAGUAUCUCGUUUAACAACUGCCAUGUCUUCAAGUCCAGUGUUGAAAGUCAAACGGACAAAUGAACCUACAGCUCCUAUUAUAGCUGAUAGCAUUAUUCCUGGUAUUCAGAAGGUUUAUGUAAAAACCUGGGGAUGUGCUCAUAAUAGUUCUGACAGCGAGUAUAUGGCUGGACUUCUAAAUCAAUAUGGAUACAUUAUAACAGAUGAUUCAUCCAUUGCUGAUGUAUGGCUUUUAAAUAGCUGCACUGUAAAGAAUCCAGCAGAAGACCAUUUUCGGAAUGCUAUUGAAGAAGGUCAACGCAAAGGCAAAUAUGUUGUAGUAGCAGGUUGUGUUUCCCAGGCUGCUCCAAAGUCCCCUUAUUUACAAGGCCUCAGCAUCAUAGGAGUGCAGCAGAUUGAUAGGGUUGUUGAAGUUGUAGAAGAAACUUUGAAAGGCAAUUCUGUCCAGCUUUUGGGUACAAAGAAAGUUUCCGGAAAAAAACUUGGUGGUGCUUCCCUACAACUGCCAAAAGUUAGAAGAAAUGAGUUGAUUGAAAUUAUUCCUAUAAAUACUGGUUGUCUUAACCAAUGUACUUAUUGCAAAACAAAACAUGCUAGAGGGAAACUGGGAAGCUAUCCUGUAACAGAAAUUAUUCAACGUGCUGAACAAGCAAUCUCAGAGGGAGUGAAGGAGAUAUGGUUAACAUCAGAAGACUUAGGUGCAUAUGGUCGAGAUAUUGGAGAAACUCUACCAAAUCUGUUAUAUAAAUUAGUUGAAGUUAUACCUGAUGGAUGCAUGCUUAGGCUUGGAAUGACAAAUCCACCUUACAUUUUUGAGCAUUUAGAAGACAUGGCUAGAAUAUUGUCACAUCCCAGAGUAUAUGCUUUUUUGCAUGUACCUGUUCAAUCAGGAAGUGAUUAUGUCUUAGGUGAAAUGAAGAGAGAGUAUUGCAUAGCUGAUUUUAAAUAUGUUGUUGACUUUCUGCGGGAAAGGGUUCCUGGAAUAACCAUUGCUACUGAUGUAAUUUGUGGCUUCCCAACUGAAACAUCUGAGGAUUUUGAAGAAACAAUGAAUUUAGUGAAAGAAUAUCAUUUCCCAGUUUUGUACAUUAAUCAGUUUUACCCUCGCCCAGGAACUCCUGCUGCCCUUAUGAAAAGAGUGCCAGGAAAAGAAGUGAAAAAACGUACAAAAAUGUUAAGUGAUUAUUUUCAGUCCUAUACUUGUUAUGAUAAGAAUGUUGGAAGUAUUCAAGAAGUACUUGUAACAGAAAUUUCACAUGAUAAAUUGCAUUUUGUAGGUCAUAACAAGUUCUAUGAACAAGUAUUGGUCCCAAAGAAUGAAGAGUUCAUGGGAAAAUUUAUUACUGUUCACAUAAAGAAAGCAGGCAAACAUUUCAUGGUUGGUGAACCCAUUUCUCAAGAAGUUUCUCACAGACUCAAAAACUGGAAAAAUUCUAAAUAUGUCAUUUUAUUAUGCAUUUUAGUUAUAAUUUUAGCUGUUUUUAUUGGACUAUUACAAAAUAAAAUGUUAUUUUAAGUACA